UAAAUUGACACCUGAAUUACUCUUUAUAAUAGCAACGUAGCUUUCGGUGAGAUCAUAGGGAAAUGGAAACGGGGCACAAAAACGGGUCGGAGCUUCCUUUGUGGUGAAAUCCAUCGGUUUAGAGCUUCUUUGAAGAAAUUCAGAUUCAAAAGUCAAUUCACAGUUGAUACAACCCGAAUCUAGAGCAAAAAGGAAUCGAAAAUUCGACCUAUUUAUGGCUCGAAGAUUUCAAAUGCAGCACCAUAUUGAACAAUUCGCCUUACUGAGCAGCAAAGCAUUGUGGAAUUAUUUAUAUACGGACACCCAUUUCCCAUGUGUACUCCAUGUCACUCAAAAGGCCAGUACUCACUUUGGGUAUUGUUAGUACUGUUAAAUAGAAUUGAACUUACAACUGAACAACGUGAGUUGAAAACCUCACCCAAGAAAUGGAAGCUAUGACACAGAUCCAAAGCCUAUAAUGCAGCACUGAUUUAAUCCGGUCCGAGUUACCCAUCUCACCACCGGUUUACCACCGUGGUCGCGGUUGCAACCUCUUGACUCUCCUCUCCGGCUUACUACUCUGAUCAGGAGUGUCUUUAGCGGUCUGUCAUCAUGGGUGAACCGGGAAAGCAUAGAAUCUUAAUGGUCUCUGAUUUUUUCUACCCCAAUUUUGGUGGUGUGGAGAAUCACAUAUACUAUCUAUCACAAUGCUUGAUUAAGGAAGGCCACAAGGUGGUAGUUAUGACUCAUGCUUAUCAGAAUCGUUCUGGUGUAAGAUAUAUGACAAAUGGCCUGAAAGUUUAUUAUGUACCAUGGAAGCCAUUUCUCAUGCAAAACACGUUGCCGACCUUCUUUGGGACACUUCCAAUUACUAGGACAAUUCUGAUUAGGGAAAAAAUAUCACUGGUACAUGGACAUCAAGCAUUCUCAACCUUAUGUCACGAAGCUCUAAUGCACGCUCGUACCAUGGGUUACAAAGUUGUAUUUACUGAUCAUUCUCUCUAUGGCUUCGCGGAUGUUGGAAGCAUUCACAUGAAUAAGGUACUACAAUUUACACUAGCUGAUGUGACUCAGGCUAUCUGUGUUUCUCAUACAAGCAAAGAGAAUACGGUUUUAAGGUCUGGUUUGCCGCCUGAAAAGGUUUAUGUUAUUCCGAAUGCUGUUGACACGGCCAUGUUUAAGCCUGCUCCUGAGCGACUCAACAGGGAUGAAAUUGUUAUUGUUGUGUUAAGUAGAUUAGUUUAUAGGAAAGGAGCAGAUUUACUUGUUGAAGUUAUCCCUGAAGUAUGUCGUUUGCAUCCCAAUGUUCGGUUCAUUGUUGGAGGAGAUGGACCAAAACGAGUGCGUUUGGAAGAAAUGAGGGAAAAACACUCUCUUCAAGACCGAGUUGAUAUGUUGGGUGCUGUCCCUCAUGCUAAAGUACGGUCUGUACUAAUAACUGGCCAUAUAUUUUUGAACAGUUCUUUAACAGAAGCAUUUUGCAUAGCUAUAUUGGAAGCUGCAAGUUGCGGAUUAUUAACAGUCAGUACACGUGUAGGAGGUGUUCCCGAGGUGCUUCCAGAUGAUAUGGUUGUUUUGGCGGCGCCAGAUCCUACAACUAUGGUGCACGCAAUCACAAGGGCUAUACAUAUGCUUCCCCAGAUUGAUCCACAAGAUAUGCACAAUCGUAUGAAAAAGCUUUACAGUUGGCCUGAUGUAGCCAGGAGGACAGAAAUUGUUUACAACCGUGCUUUGAAAUGCUCCAAUCCACCUUUGCUGGAUCGAUUAUCAAGGUACCUUACAUGUGGCACUUGGGCAGGGAAAAUAUUUUGCAUAGUUAUGAUAGUAGAUUUUUUGCUCUGGCGUCUCUUGCAACUAUGGCAGCCUGACAAGGAUGUCGAGGUGGUACCUGAUAUUCAACUUCAAAAUUCUCAACACGAGGAGACACCAUUUGGUUCCAGUAUGGAAGAAAGCUUAUGAUUUCCGGUGCUUUACCCAUUGGUGCAGCUCAAGGUCAUUUACUAUUCAAAGAGUGUGGAAUUAGGAUUUAGGUGUAAAGUUUUUCUUAGUAAUUAGAAGCAGUAGAAAUUUUAGGGGUCUAUUGUCAAGACGAAAGGAAGAGAACAAAUGCAAACUAUCAAGAACAUAAUAUAUCCAUCUUGAAAUACUUUUCUUGCCAAUUCCUUUCCUCUGAUUCCUAUUCCUUCGAACUAAUGACACUUCAUCGCUAAAGAUUCUGAAGCUUUAAGUUUAAA